AUGCUCACACUAAAAAAAUAUCCCCUCUUUUAUUUUGUUCUCCUUCAUCUUUUCCAGUUGCCUUUGUUUUUAUAUUGUUCUUCUUUUUAUUUUUUUGAUUCUUUUUUCAUUUUCUUCUUCUAUCUUUUCCUUUCUCAUCCACCUUCCGUUGCUUCUUCCUCUUCAUCUAUUUUUCUCUAUUGUUGUUCCUCCCCUUCUUUUUUUCCAUUCUUUUUUUUUUUCAUCUUUUCUUUUUCUUUUUCUAUCUUUUCCUUUCUCAACCUUCUUGCUUUGCUUCUUUUUCCUCAUCUUUAUUUUCUAAAUUGUUCUUUUACUCUUUCUUUUUCAUUCUUUUUCGCCUUCUAUCAUUUUCUUUCUCAACCUUCUUUAUUUUCUUUCUCCUCGUCUUUGUUUUCUUCAUUGUUCUUUCUUUUCUUCCAUAUUUUCUUUUUCUUUUUCUCCUUUAUUUUUUCCUUUCUCAACCUUCUUUCUUUCCUUCUUUCUUCAUCUUUGUUUCUUCAUUGUUCUUCCUUUAUUUUCUUCCAUUUUUCUUUUUCAACUCCUUUAUUUUUCCUUUCUCAACCUUCUUUCUUUCCUUCUUUCUCCUCAUCUUUGUUUCUUCAUUGUUCUUCUACUUUUCUUUUCUUCCAUAUAUUCUUUUUCUUUUUCUCCUUUAUUUUUUCCUUUCUCAACCUUCUUUCUUUCCUUCUUUCUCCUCAUCUUUGUUUCUUCAUUGUUCUUCUACUCUUUCUUUUCUUCCAUAUUUUCUUUUUCUUUUUCUCCUUUAUUUUUUCCUUUCUCAACCUUCUUUCUUUCCUUCUUUCUCCUCAUCUUUGUUUCUUCAUUGUUCUUCUACUCUUUCUUUUCUUCCAUAUUUUCUUUUUCUUUUUCUCCUUUAUUUUUUUCCUUUCUCAACCUUCUUUCUUUCCUUUUUCUCCUCAUCUUUGUUUCUUCAUUGUUUUCUACUCAACCUUUUCUUCCAUUUUUCUUCUUUUCUUCUUUAUUUUUCCUUUCUCAACCUUCUUUCUUUCCUUCUUUCUCCUCAUCUUUGUUUCUUCAUUGUUCUUCUACUCUUUCUUUUCUUCCAUAUUUUCUUUUUUUUUUUUUCUUUAUUUUUCCUUUUUCUCAAACUUCUUUUUUCCUUCUUUCUCCUCAUCUUUGUUUCUUCAUUUUUUUCCUUUUCUUUUCUUCCAUAUUUUCUUUUUUUUUUUUUCAUUUAUUUUUCCUUUCUCAACCUUCUUUUUCCUUCUUUCUCCUCAUCUUUGUUUCUUCAUUGUUCUUCUUUUUUUCUUUUCUUCCAUAUUUUUUUUCUUUUUCUCCUUUUAUUUUUCCUUUCUCAACCUUCUUUCUUUCCUUCUUUCUCCUCAUCUUUGUUUCUUCAUUGUUCUUCUACUCUUUCUUUUCUUCCAUAUUUUCUUUUUCUUUUUCUCCUUUAUUUUUUCCUUUCUCAAACUUCUUUCUUUCCUUCUUUCUCCUCAUCUUUGUUUCUUCAUUGUUUUUCUACUCUUUCUUUUCUUCCAUAUUUUCUUUUUCUUUUUCUCCUUUAUUUUUUCCUUUCUCAACCUUCUUUCUUUCCUUCUUUCUCCUCAUCUUUGUUUCUUCAUUGUUUUUCUACUCUUUCUUUUCUUCCAUAUUUUCUCUUUCUUUUUCUUCUUUAUUUUUUCCUUUCUCAACCUUCUUUCUUUCCUUCUUUCUCCUCAUCUUUGUUUCUUCAUUGUUCUUUUUCUUUUUUUCUUCCAUAUUUUCUUUUCUUUUUCUUCUUUAUUUUUUCCUUUCUCAAACUUCUUUCUUUCCUUCUUUCUCCUCAUUUUUGUUUCUUCAUUGUUUUUUCUACUCUUUCUUUUCUUCCAUAUUUUCUUUUUCUUUUCUUCUUUAUUUUUCCUUUCUCAACCUUCUUUCUUUCCUUCUUUCUCCUCAUCUUUGUUUCUUCAUUGUUCUUCUUCUACUCUUUCUUUUCUUCCAUAUUUUCUUUUCUUUUUUUUCUUCUUUUUUUUUCAACCUUCUUUCUUUCCUUCUUUCUCCUCAUCUUUGUUUUCUUCAUUGUUUUUCUCUUUCUUUUCUUCCAUAUUUUCUUUUUCUUUUCUUCUUUAUUUUUUCCUUUCUCAACCUCCUUUUCUUUCCUUCUUUCUCCUCAUCUUUGUUUCUUCAUUGUUUUUCUACUCUUUCUUUUCUUCCAUAUUUUCUCUUUCUUUUCUUCUUUUUUUUUCUUUUCUCAACCUUUUUCUUUCCUUCUUUCUCCUCAUCUUUGUUUCUUCAUUGUUUUUCUACUUCUUUUUCCUCAUAUUUUCUUUUUCUUCUUUAUUUUUCUUUCUCAACCUUCUUUCUUUCCUUUUCUCCUCAUCUUUGUUUCUUCAUUAUUUUACUUGUUCACUUCCAUCAACUUCCUCUUUCGUCUCACACUCAAUAUUCAUCAACAUUUUCCUUCUUUCCUUCCUUUUCAUCAACCUUCUCUUUCAUCUCAUACUCAUUUUCUUUAACCUUCUUUCUUUCCUUUUCACCUUUUUCUUCUUCUUUUCUUUCCUUUUCCUCAACCUCCUCUUUCAUCUAACUCUCAUUUUCUUUAACCUUCUUUCUUCCCCUUUCAUUAACAUCCUCUUUUUGUUCUUCUCUUCCUUCGUUCCGACCAACCUUCUUUUUCAUCUCUUUCUCAUUUUCAUUAACCCUCAUUUUCAAUAUCUCUCUUGUAUCUUAUUCAUCUCAAAACCUCUUUCUAUGUUUUAUUUCUUUCCUUAUUGCAAUCCUGUUUAUAAAUCAUGUUUUUUUUUUCUUCAUUUCAUUUUUCGUCAUAUACUUUUUCUUUCCAGUUUUCUUUUAAUUCCAUUUUUACUCUUUUUUUUUUUUCUUUCAAAACUUCUUCCAUCUUUCUUCUCAUUUAUUCUCUUCGUUAUUCGUUUCCCUUUCUCACCUGUCGUGGUCAACCAUUUACUUUUUGUUCUUUUUAUUUCAUGA